GCGUCAAACUUCACUCGUUCUCAACUCCAUCAUCCACGACAUUCCAGUAACCUCACUAUAUCAAACUUGUACCAACUCUCGUGCCCAGCGCGAUAAACCAAACAAGAUGGACGACUCCCACCCCAACAGCACAACCAUCCCAUCCGACCCCACCCUCACCACCGAACCCCCAUCUUCCACCCCAGACAAACCCUCCCGCCCACUCCCUCCAACCUCCACCCUCCAAAAACUGCGCUACCUCCUCCUCCGCCGCCUCGCCAGCGCCGCCCACUCAACAGACCACACGCUCCUGCGCCUCGCAAAACUGCUCUCCUCACCCAGCGGCGCAGACCGCCUGCUCUGCACAAUCAGCUACACGCUAACCCUAACCCACGCCCUGCUCUCGCGCCUCCUAGCCCGAAAACUCUCGAACAUCGCCUCCCAAAUCGCAGAAAAAGCAGACGGCGUCCUCCUCCCAGGCGAAACCCUCAUCGCGACCCUCCCCGCGCCCACCACCACAAAGCUCAUCGCGCAAGCCGUCGGCUCGUCAAAAGCCCUCGCCGCCACUAUCGCAGACUACAGGAUCUUCGUAAGGCUGUGGGGGUGCAUGGGCUUGUAUACGUGGGCGCGGGGCACGUAUCUCGCUCCAUUACCCGCGGGUGCGAGCGGGAGGGAGAAACUCCUGCGCGGCGUUACGUGGGCGGAGAUUGCGUCGUGCGUGGCGUUUCAGGUGCUUGAGAAUGGCGCGUAUCUCAGUUCCAAGGGCGUGCUGACGAGUAGUGGGUGGGCUGGCGAGGCGGGGAAGGCGAGGGAGGUCAAGUGGUGGGUGUGGAGCUCGCGGUUCUGGGCUGCGUAUGUGGGGCUUGAACUUGCGAGACUGGGGCUUGAGACUUUCCAUUCUAAUGGUGAGGGGGUGGUGGAUGAUGGCGAGAAGGAGGAUAAACUGCGUAAGGAGGAGAUGAAGGCGAAGAAUUGGCUUUGGUGGAAGGAUCUUGCGUCCAAUAUUGCGUAUGCGCCUAUGACGCUGCAUUGGAGUGUUGAGGAGGGGGUGCUGAGUGAUUGGGGUGUGGGGGGUUGUGGUAUUGUCGCUGGUGGUGCGCUGUUGUUGGAGUCGUGGAAGGAGACCGCUUAAGAAGUGAUACGGGGGAUGAAAUAAACGGAGUGCAGGGGAGAAGAUGGGAUGUCAUUCGAUUCGAUUCGUACACAGUGCCAUGAUACCAUACAGAGCAUCACAUUCAUACCAACUUACUAGUACAAGCAUACACUGAGUGAAAG